AUGUCCGGACUUUCACAACUUCCCAAUGAGGUCUUGUAUAUCAUGUUGCAAUUGUUAGCAAACCCACAUGAUGUUUGGAGGCUAUCUAAGACGUGCGGAUCACUUCGAAAACCACUGUCUUUGGAAGACAUCGCGAGACUGGACGUCCGACGCCACCGUGAUAACGCGCUUCCCAACAUUAGCAGCGACAUGCGGGUGAUCCAGUAUCUACUGAAGAAGGGCCAUAGAGUCGACAUCCAAAGCGUAUACAGGGCUGCAUGGCCAGCAUAUGGGCUAAUCGAUGUUGUCCGGCUUCUUUUGGAUGCCGGGCAUCCUGUGAGCGAGGACCAUAUGGAGUGCGCUAUCGCGCGCAAUAGCGCCGAUAUCCUCGAAAUGCUGAUACAGGUUUAUAGGAUAAGGGUAGCUAUUGACGCUAUUGCACUGCCCUUGGCUAUUGUAAAUGGGUUGACUUAUGCGUGCGACGUGCGGCAAUGCGAUGGGAUCAAUAUGGUCAUCGACACGAUCCUGGCGCACAUGAACGCAGACCUAGAGUUACACAUCCCGAUCUUCAACUCGACAGAGGAGGGCGCUGAUGUGAAUGCCGGGUCCUAUCUCCCGCACCUCACCUAUCGCGCCAUGAAAUUCGGAUUUUUCCAUAACGCACUGUAUCUCUUCCGACAGUGGGAACAAUUCAACCCGCCCGGCCAGCCCUUGCCCGAGUCCGAGCUCAGAGAAGUCGCCCGUCGCGCCCUCGAGGAGAACCAUCUCGACCCCGUCCGGGCGAUUCACCCCACCCACACCUCCGACCUCAUCCGGGCAGACUGCAUCAUGGCUAAUACUUUGCAGACUAAGGUCCACAUCGGCGGCUAAUCCUUGAUCUCCAUCGCUGUGGCUGCUGCCAAUUCCCAACCGCAUAUCCUGACCACGACGUUACCCUACCUCCUCCGCUCCGGCUGCCAACCUGGCGCCAGUCAAUUGUCUGAUGCUUUGCUGGUCGAUGAUCCAGUCCCCUACAUUAAUCUGCUCGUGGCGCACGGUGCCGGCGAGAGCGAACGUUUCGUGGUGGACGGUCAAGUUUCGUCGGCACUCAAAGCUGCGAUAUUCCAACGACGUGGUGAGGUCUUGUUUCGGCUAAUACAUCACGGAGCUAAGCUUGCGAACCACAUGG